AUGUUCACCUUGCGGGGCUGCGCAACCUGCUUGGACUGGGUUCUGAAUGACCCGGCCGGCGGGUGGUUGUUCAUCCUCGGUCUCCUGGUUUACCUCGCCGUGUCUUCCUGGUCUGUGGGGUAUGAGUUUGCUUUCACGCAACUCUGGAAUGUCGCCGGUGGUCACCUCUGGUUGGGGCCGUCUGGGCAAUCGACGGGCUCGAAGGCCGGCGCUGUUGGUGUCUGGGUCGGGCUAGGGCUAGUCCGCACCUGGUUCCUUCUCUGCUGGGCCAUCGCCGUCGUACGGUCUCUUUCGCCAAGGUCGGAUGCUCGGCUGCGUGGGCGCCCAUCCGUCCACCAAUGCGACUUCUUCAUAUGGGGGCAACGUCCUGCUAUCUAUCGCGACAAUGCAAGGCGGUUCCGAUUUUGCAAGCUCGGCUGCCGGGCUCGGGGCGAGCCACUUGCAGAUCGCGUCUACCAUUGCUCGUAUUUUGCAACGUUGCAGGCAAAGGGGCAGCGAAUGGAUGCCAGUCUGUGCACGAUCAAGCCAUACCUGCUUACCAUCCUCUUCCUGCUCCUUGACGCCUUGAGCGUGAUCAUAAUUUCCUUCAUCGCCAUCUCGAGAAACGCAAGCUCCUCCGCCUUGGCUCAUGCUCCGGCGGUGACUAGGGCCGUCGCCGUCGUCAUCUUCCUGGCGAGCAGCAUGCUGUGGCAAAAGUUUCGAGAUCUAGCGCUAAGGAAUGUCACGACUCCGGAGAAAUCCCAUCUACGUAUGGUCGGCUGUUUACCUGGAGGUUAUUGGUUCGCGCUUUUGCCCGAACACCCCGGCGACGCUCCGAUCAUCGCGCAUUUUCCCGGUAACCCUUGGGACCUAGGUUGGAGGCGGAAUCUCGGCCAAGUCUUUGGUACGAGGCUCUGGGAUUGCUUGCUGCCGUGGACUCAGCCGCCCAGAGUUCGUCUCUACACCGACCCUCGCCACGUUACCGACUUCGAAAUGUCAGACGCUUUUUGGGAAUGGGUUUCAGACAAAAGGGAGAACCGGCUCCGUGCUGCUGGAUCGGAGUCUGCUUCUUCUGGACAGGAGCGGGAGUCGGAUGCAGCGGGCACAUCGAUCGUCUUUGCUGGGGCAUCGACUGUUGCCUUCUCGCCUGUGUCGUCUCCGCGGUCUCUCUCUUUAGCACGUCCACCCACAUCUCCACCACCCCGUGCCCCACACGAAAUCCCUCUCCCCUCAUCUCCCACAACAAGUCAACUCAGGGACCAAGACAUCAUCACGGCUUGGUCAUACAACGUCCACAUGUGGCCUCAGAACAUCAUCUUCACCAUCGAACUCAACAAUGUUCUAUCACAGCCACCUCCAGCAUUGCUUGAGAUACUUCUCACUUCUCCAGCAUCGCGCUUCACACUCAUCUCAGCGCCCCAAAUCCAGUAA